CCGGAAAGGAAAUAGUGGUGCGCAUUACCGCAAAAACAGUGGAUAGCAAGUGAUACCUUCAAAUAUAUCAUCUUCAUUUAGUGAGAGCACACUGGAGAAUAAUUUGAGGGAGUCUCUAUCAGCAGUUAGCCAUGCCUACUGUGGUCUUAAUGGACGUGUCUCUGUCCAUGACACGACCGGUGUCAGUGGAUGGCAGUGAAGAGUUUCAGAGAAAGAACCUGGCUGUCCACGGAUUAAACAUGUUGUUUGAACACAUGGCCUCAAACUAUCGCCUGGAGUUCACAUCACUGAUGGCCUUUUCUUCUCUCUGGGAGCUCUUGGUGCCUUUCACCAGAGACUACAAUGCAUUACAGGAGGCUCUGAGCAACCUAGAAGACUAUGACAAGACUUGCAUUGAAUCAGCUCUCCAGGGAGUUAGCAACGUGGUUCAGCAGGAGUGGGGCAGUGCCUGUCCCUGUCAGGUGGUGCUGGUCACUGAUGGAUCUCUUGGUAUUGGGAAGGGUUCCUUGCGUCACUCUCUUCAAACACUGAAGCAGCGUGGGGAUGACAAGAAAUUCCCACUCCCUUUUCCUUUCCCUACCAAACUUUUCAUCAUGUGCAUAGCCAAUGCGGAAGAGCUGCAGAUGACUGAUGCUAUGGAUAACUUAGAGGAGCUACUUCAUCUCAGCGGAGGGGAUGGGCAGAUCUUCACUAUGGAAGGGCCACUUUGCAUGAAGAGUGUACAGGCCAUGUUUGGGAGGCUGAUUGAUCAUGCAUACUCACCUUUUCAUGCAGUUCUCCACUGUGGGAACUUGUCCUCAGACGUUCAGGUUUUCCCUCGACCUGAGCCUGUCGUGAUGGAUGAAGAGGUGGAGCCCAUGCCGCGAACAGUUAAUACAGAUUUGGAAAUUGUGGGCUUCAUUGAAAUUGCUGACAUUUCCAGCCCCCCUGUUAUAUCCAGACACCUGGUUCUGCCUAUUGCUGUGAACAAAGAGGUUGAUGACGUUGGCACUGGAGCCACUGAUGAGCUUGAGGAGGAACCCUCUGCCAGUCAAAUGGCAGGAAAAAGUCCAAAUUUUUGUGUACUCUUACAUGGCAGUCUUAAAGUUGAGGGCAUGAUAGCACUGGUCCAGCUGGGGCCAGAAUGGUUUGGCAUGCUCUACUCCCAAGCAGACAGCAAGAAGAAGUCAAACCUGAUGAUGUCCCUGUUUGAGCCUGGUCCUGAUCCUCUACCUUGGCUAGGCAAGAUCUCACAUUUAGGACCAAUAUCAGAGGCUGCUGAAAAUCCUUACGGAGAGGAUGACAGUAAAAGCCCCUUCCCUGUGCAGCCCCAGGUCAAACGAAGCUAUGCACAGAACGUCACUGUGUGGAUUAAAGCCAGUGGACUACAGACUGAUGUGCAGAAGAUCCUGAGAAAUGCAAGGAAACUGCCGGAUAAAACUCAGACCUUCUAUAAGGAGCUGAAUCGUCUUCGGAAAGCUGCCCUGGCUUUCGGUUUCUGGGAGCUCCUGAAAGGAGUGGCUGAUCUGCUGGAGCGAGAGUGCACCCUACUGCCAGACUCUGCCCAUCCAGAUGCUGCUUUCCAGCUCACACAUGCUGCACAGCAGCUAAAAUUAGCCAGCACAGGUGACUCCCAGUAUGCAGCAUUCGAUCACAACAUUGUUCCCAUGCACACCGACUUCUCAAGCUGAGCAAUUGGUGGAAAUGAAGUAAAUAAAAUAUGACAGCCUCAGCCUGUGUGGACCAAUGUGGAAAUGGCCCCUGUUUGUGGUAAAUGGUGGUCCAUGAACUCGUGAAAGCUGCUGCUUCAAGGACCUGUAUGUUGAACCAAAAUAUCAUCAUUUACUCUCCUUUUGACACAGCUGAAAAACGUCUUCAUAGGUUUGUAAAAAUGUUAAUGUGUACAGAUUUUAUACGUUUCUUUGUAGGUUCUUUUCACAAAUGACCAGAUUAAAAUGUCAUUUUUAUUCAGUUUCA